AUGCUUUUGCUUUACUUCGUGAGACUAAACAGACAACACAUCCAAGGAAAGUCUGAGUGGACAAGUGAGGUCCCGGCUUGCCGGCGCCACCAGUUGUGAGCACUUCCGAACUUUUCUUCGGCUUUCUCUGCUGGGAAACGGAGAUCCUGUGUCGCCAAUGGCUCCAUUUGGCACAGGCUCUCCCCACGAGCUCUCUUUAUGUUCUUGAUCCAUUACUAGUAGUGGCGAUCCCCCAAUCACAUACGCCGAACAACUGGCUCAGAUUGGCCUCAUGAGCCUGCAACUGCCUUGAGACCGCUUUCCGAUUUCACAUUCCAAGCUCUACAGAUGGUCGAAUCUUGCUGGGUUGUUGAUCCCUCGUCCGUUGAUGGGUCGACUCCUCCAUAGUGCGCGCUGUUUGUGGCGUUUGUUUUAGGAUGGAAGAGUCGAGAUGGGAUGGCCCAAGCCGGGAUGGUUAAUCAUUAGCUAGAAGCUGCGGAUGGGGGGAUGCAGGCGGGCUGGCGUCUCAUUAGUUUGUAAAUUGAGGUCAAUUUCAGGGCGAUUCAUGAGUCCUGUGUGGGCCGGUGCUACUAAUCUAUUCCCCUGCAUGCGCACUUCUCUAGGAUCGCGAGCCUCGAUCACAAUAGCAACGAGCAGCUCGACAAGUUCCGAGCAUUGGCCGCACACAAGACCGGAUCCGACAAUCGCCUCUUCCACAUCAUGAAGGGUUCAUAAGUUGCCGACAAGUGUCCUGCAGGAUUCGGACCAACACAUUGAACCUGCCAAACCGGGCACCUACACUUGAUCAUUUGUUUGCGCAUGAUGGAAACUUUCAGCAAUGGCGCAACCAGGCAGCCAAGUAUGACCCACAAGCGACUACGCCGGACUUGUUCAUCAGCGCGGCAGAAAUAUCGGAAAUGAAAGAGGCGGCCGAGCGGGCGCCGACACCGUCCGAAGAUUCGGAAGGUACGUCGUUCAUCCUGAUAGUCUAAAGAACGCCCUGCUCGGCCCUGAUCCUCAACACCUCCACUUGCAGGCAUGCACAGAAUCUUAGAAAGUUGCUGACGAUGGCGCUGACAAGCUCUGGCCGGGAAAACCGACGCGGCGCUUGUGGCGUGCGCGUGUCGGCAGAACGCUGUUUCCAAGAUAUCCAACCUUGAGAGGAACGGCGGUACGUACGUAUGGCUGUACCAUCUUCGCGAGAUCGUUGCGGUGUUUAAUUACUGUCCUCCUCAUUGGGGGUGGCUCGACAUUGUAGGCUGUACUAUGCAUUGGCUCUGAUCAAGCACGUCUCGGAACAAGAACAGCCCGAAGCCAGAAUUGGGGUCUCGUAAAACAUUGCCUGCAACCUCAAGCAUCACAUUCAGAAGGCGCGUAUAGGUAUCAAAUUCUCUCUUGUGGUCGACUUGACUGAACAUACUCGUUACUCGCCUUGUGUAGAGCGAUGAUUAAUGCCUAAACGAGCCCUAAUUAAUGCCUAAAUUGCCCCCCCGGCCCGUCUUGAAUUUGCCACCAGUGUCUUCGCGCUUUCGCGCAUCAAUGGCCCUGUCAAGUCGAGUUGAACCCUCAAUUUUUCCCCAACUUCGGCUGCACCGAUGGCGAAGGCGUCCACGUAUCACUUACUGCAGGUAACAUAAGUAGAGUAAUCCCGCGUUUUGAACAUGUCGCAAUUUUAUUUUCUACUCGGCGCUUGCCCCCACCUCCACCCAGAUCUAA